CGGCCCGGUGACAUCAGCCGGGCUGGCCGCUGGCCUGGCGGGGCUCAGGCGGCCACUCAGCCUCCAGCAGGCAGGCGGACAUACAAGCUUCUCUCGACGGCGGCUGCUCGGCUUCAGGGCGCCUGGCUGGCGGUGGGAGACGGGCCGUGCGGUGGUUGGUGGUUAAUGGAGAGAUGAGGGGUGGCCGCUGACAUCCCACUAGAGAACCCACUUGAACGAGGAGCAGGAGGAGGAGGAGGAGAUCCAAUCAUGGCCGCCCAUCGGAUCAGAGCCUCGGCCAAUAACAACGCUUCGCUCCCGCGCUGCAAGUCUGAGGGGACGCUCAUUGACCUUAGUGAGGGCGUGUCCGAGUCCAGUCUCAUUGAUGUCAAAGUGCCUUCUCCCAGUGCCUUACGUCUGGAUGCAACUGCCUCCUUUGGAACCGCCAGAGAGGUGGUGGCCAUCAAAGACUACUGUCCAUCCAGCUUCACCACCCUAAAGUUCUCUAAAGGGGACCGCCUCUACGUUCUGGACACAUCAGGAGGCGAGUGGUGGUACGCCCAUAACAACACAGAGAUGGGUUACAUCCCAGCUGCAUACGUGGAGCCCAUCAACUUCAGAGACUCGUCCUUCAGUGACAGCGGGAUGAUCGACACUGUGGGUGAUGGCAAGGAGGAAGCGGCCACAGAAAUGGACCUUCUAGGGGAGUGGGCCGGCGCGAUUUUGAAGCCGACCACCUUACAUAAUGGCAAUCCUUUCACAACAACACAUACCUCGACCAACCCUUUUCUACACGGGGGUCCUCAGAGCUCCCUGGACCAGAACAGCAAUGAGAAAUCAGUUGAUCUUCUUUUGUUUGACACUCCAUCGGGACCAGAGUCCGUUAGCAGCACCGCCGACCUCAAUGGAUUUGGCGGCAGCCUUUUCAACCCUCUAAGUCCCACAGGAGGUAUGGGACAGUCACUGCGAAGAGACAACCCUUUCUUUAGAAGCAAGCGGUCCUACAGUCUGUCUGACAUGUCUAUCCUGCAGGCACAGUCAGACAACCCUCAAAUGUCCGGCAGUUUUUUCAGCAACCUUAAAGCGCCGGCGCCAGAGCAGUUCCAGAGUAGGGAGGAUUUCCGAACCGCGUGGCUUACUCACCGCAAGCUCGCCAGGUCAUGCCACGACUUGGACUCCUUAGGUCAAAACCCGGGCUGGGGUCAAACACAGCCGGUAGAGACCAACAUUGUCUGCCGGUUGGACAGCUCAGGGGGUGCUGUCCAGCUUCCCGACACGAACAUCAGUGUCCACAUCCCUGAGGGCCACGUAGCGGAGGGGGACACCCAGCAGAUCUCCAUCAAAGCUCUGCUGGACCCGCCGCUGGAACUGAACAACGACCGCUGCAGCACCUCCAGCCCUGUAGUGGAGCUCAAGCUCAGCAACAUGGAGACAAAAACCACCAUCACCCUGGAGAUGAAAGUGUCUGUUGUGGUCAAAGCAGAGAACAAGGACAUGACAGAGAUUCUGUGUGUCAGAAGCGACUGUAAAGAGGGGCCUUACAAUCGUAUUCCACACACUUACCUGUAUGGGGAUACAGUCCAAGUGUCUCUGGACAACCUGGAGCCUUGCAUGUAUGUGUGUGUGGUGGCACAAUCCCAGACCACGUCUCCAGACUCCACAGUGUGGGAUCACGUUGUCAAAAAGAUUACUUUAGGUGUAUACGGCCCCAAACACAUUCACCCCUCUUUCAAAACAGUGGUCGCCAUGUUUGGUCAUGAUUGUGCUCCAAAAUCUCUGUUGGUGAACGAGGUGGGUAAGCAGGCCCAGGCGGCACCACCUGUAGUGCUGCAGCUGUGGGGGAAGCACCAAUUUGUCCUGUCCAGGACGCAGGACCUGCGUGUUGGGGUGUACUCCAACAUGGCCAACUACGAGGUGAAAGCCAGUGAGCAGGCCAAGGUGGUGCGUGGCUUCCAGAUCAAACUGGGCAAAGUAAGCCGGCUGGUCUAUCUUAUAACCUCCCGCAACUCUGCAGAUGUUUCUGACUUCACCUUGAGGAUUCAGGUCAAAGAUGACCUGGAUGUCAUUCUGGCACAGUUUUGUGUGCAGACACCGCCACCACCACCCAAAACUGGGCCCAAGACAUCCAUGCAGCGGCGCUUCCUCAAGAAAAAAGAGGUGGGCAAGAUCGUCUUGUCUCCACUGGCCGUAGCCACCAAGUAUCCUGUCUUUCAGGACAGGAGAAUAAACAACUUGAAGUUUGGAAAGCUGAUCAAGACGGUCAUCAGACAGACCAAGAAUAGCUACCUGCUGGAGUACAAGAAAGGUGAUUUUGUUGCUCUGCUGAGUGAAGAGAAGAUCAAGCUGAAGGGUCAAUUGUGGACCAAAGAAUGGUACAUUGGAUACUACCAAGGCCGGAUGGGUCUCGUCCACACAAAGAACGUACUGGUGGUCGGAAAAGUUAAGCCCAUUUACUUCAGCGGGCCAGAGCUUACUACAUCCUUGUUGCUGGAGCAGGUACUGAGGCCCUGCAAGUUCCUAACCUACAUCUAUGCCUCCGUCAGGACCAUCCUGAUGGAGAACAUUGGCAACUGGCGAGCGUUCGCCGACGCCCUUGGAUAUGAGAACCUACCCUUGACUCAUUUUUGCAGAGCAGAACUGGACAGUGAACCCGAGCGGGUGGCAUGUGUACUGGAGAAGCUGAAGGAAGACUGCAAUAAUGCAGACAGCAAGGAACGCAAGUCCUUCCAGAAGGAGCUUUUGACGGCACUCUUGAAGCUGGACUGUCAGGGUCUGGUGGCCCGGCUGGUCAUGGACUUUGUCCUGCUGACCACGGCGGUGGAGGUGGCAGGACGGUGGCGGGAGCUGGCAGAGAGGCUCGCCAAAGUCUCCCGCCAGCAGAUGGACGCUUACGAGGCGCCACACCGUGACAGAAACGGCGUGGUGGACAGUGAGGCCAUGUGGAAACCGGCUUACGACUUCCUUGUCACAUGGGCGGCACAGAUCGGCGACAGUUACCGUGACGUGAUCCAGGACCUUCACUUGGGCUUGGAUAAGAUGAAGAGUCCCAUCACCAAACGCUGGAAGCAUCUGACUGGGACGCUGAUCCUGGUCAACUGCUUGGACGCCCUGCGGAGCUCCGCAUUCAGCCCUGCUGUUCAGGACGACUAUGCUAUCUGAGCUGUCCUGACUUCCCCCUCCUACCAACACCACCAGCCUGUGCCUCCUGGUCCCGGGACUGCUGGCAGUAUUCCCUCAGACACUUUUUGUAGUCGUCGGCCCGCGGCGUCAUGUAUUUUUCUAUCAGAGUGUGGCACAACAACUUCUUGGUUACAAACUGUGGAUGGCGACAUGUGGUUCCAGCUGUGUCUUCUAUUUAUUUACGUUCUAUCUCCUGUGGUCCUUCCAGAAGCCCACUAUUCCUUGUAAUUUAUUAUUUUUGUGAGCUUUCCACUGACCUACAGGGUGUCCCUAAAGUCUGGAUGCAUCAUAACAAAAACAUUAAAUAAUUUAUUUGAUUAAAUAAUAAAUAGUAGGGUUGGGCGAUAUGGACCUUAGCAUAGGUCAUGAUAUUUUUGGGAUUCAAAUUCAGAGUCUUAAGCCAUAUAAUGAAAUACACUUGUCUCAAAUUGUAAAGCACAUUUAUUUAUUGGUAACAAACUGGCUAACUUUUCCUCUGCACACAUUGCUACUAAAUCUUCAACAUAUUUUAAUACCUGUGCUUGUGAUGACAGAAGAUGUAGUCACCCAUGCCAUUCCAACUGCAUAAGGAAGAUAUUUUGCAUGACACUUGUUUUGUUUAUGCAAACAUGGGUCCCUUACGUCCCAAACGUCCCUUACACUAAAGCCGUAAAACACGCAAUCAUCAAGACGGAGUCGCGCACACACAACCACACACGCUAACCCUGCUAGCUUCCAAUCACGCUCAGUAAGAGGAGACUCAGUCAACCUUUGCCAGGGUUUAUCGCCAAGUCAACCUGAUCAGGUUGGGAGGAGGCUGUUCAGUGUUUAUAUUGAUGUGGUGCCACGAUUGAGCAGUCUGCCAAGUAAAUACUUCCACACUUGAAUAUUCCCUUCACGAUUACGGCAUUUAAUUCAUCUUACAUAUCCACCGUGGCACGAUGUCAUGUCACUCGACUUGUUUACGUUUUAUCAUUUCUACCGGUAUACGUCAAUUUCUUAUCAUUGAAAGAAUCUAUACCGGUACAUAAAACAUAUCGCCCAACCCUAAUAAAUAGUAAUAAAAUAACAUCUUAUUUAAAUAUAAAAGAAUAAUACAAAUAAAAUAUAAAAACCUGAGAUUGGCUGGCGACCAGUCCAGGGUGUACCCUGCCUCCCGCCCAAAGACAGCUGCUCCAGCAUCCCUGAUGGAUGGAUAAAAACAACAUAUGAUAAUGUAUAUUUUACAAUUUUACAAUACAUUAAAAAAGAAAAUAUUUAUUCAUAUAUUACAAAAAAUAAUUUUAUGUCGACAAAGUACUACUUAAAUACUUUUCUUAAGACGGUUAAACUAAAAUCUAGCUACACAGAAUUAAUGUGUACACAGCAGUAUUAACAUUGUAUUAACCACAGUAAAUUGCAAAACACAGCCAUUAAAUGUUAUUUUAUUAGUUUGUUUGUCACCGGAACUGUACACAAACUUGACAGUCUUGUAGUCAAGAUAUACACCAGCAGCACAGUGAGAAAAGAGUAUUAAAUAUAUUAAACAGAAUAAUGUAAAUAAAAGUAUACACACAUGGAAGAAAAACAUGUCAGCAAACUUCUAUUGAUUGAAAAAUCCUUUAUUACUGCCAAUUCUCCCUAUGGCUCCAGUCAAAGUCUGAAGCAAGUGUGAAGGCAAUGGCUAGUUUUGGUUUCGGUUGUGUCGACAACCGCCGUUGUUACGCUGUGUAUGCGUUUUGCCCAUGUCUCCAGACUUUCAGGGACACCCUGUCCAAUCGCCUGCUGCCAAACGUUCAGAACCAGCCUCGUAUGGGACACGUACGUUCUGUCUUGGAUGCUUUUAGAAUCAGGACUGGACCAUCGAAGCUCGUUUUCUCUUCAUGACUUGUUUUUGGAGUUUCAGAUGGAACCACUCAAGAAACGGUUCUGGUUCUGGUCUCAUUCUGGCCGAAGGUUCAAAUAUUGGAGCAGCUUCUGCUUCAGUGUAGCACCUGGAGUCUGAGUUGAGGAUCCAUAUUUGCCUGUCAUGGUAACGGGCAAACGCUCCAAAACAAACAAGUAGCUUUUGAGUUGUUUUCACCGCAUGGACCGUUUGUGUCUUUGAUCAACAUCUGCCAAAAAGGCACACAAUGCCAUGUGACCUGGCUGUGUCUGUGCGCUGCGUCCUGGAUAAUAAAUAAUAUAAAUAAAUGUAAAUAUUUGCACCAUCUUC